UCUAUGUCUCAUUCAUUCUUUCUUUCCCUAUUCAUAUAUCUAUCUAUGUGUUUUCAAGCUGUUUAGAACCAUCAUAGAUUUCAACAACAACAACAAAAAUGAAUAGUGAAGGUGACAUGUGUGUUAAAGAUUCUAGUAUCAUGCUCUUUGGCAAGAAGAUUCCGGUGCCGGAAUAUCAUAUUCCGGCGAGUUCUCAGAUGAGAUAUCAGAUUCAGGCCAACUCUACAACCAUGAAUUCUUGCGGUAACUCAAAGCAUAAAGAAGUGGAAAUGCCUCAUACCAAAAACUUUGAGAAACUAAAGAAUUCUUCUAAUGAAGAAAAUGAAUCAAAAGUUACUACAACCACUGUGGAAUCAAUCAGCAUAGAUCAAGAAAAAGUCCUAAAGAAACCGGACAAGAUUGUUCAAUGUCCAAGGUGCAACAGUUACGACACGAAAUUUUGUUAUUUCAACAACUACAAUGCCAAUCAACCUCGGCAUUUCUGUAGAAACUGUCACAGGUAUUGGACUGCCGGGGGAGCAAUGAGAAAUGUCGCUGUCGGCACGGGUAGACGGAAGAACAAACACAUAGAUUCUCGAUAUUUCCACAAGAGAAACGUUGAUGCAAGUGGUAACAAUUGUAGAGAAAACGGAGAUGAAGAAUCGUUGUUAUGUGUAUCUUCUGUGAUAAAUGGUUAUACUCGAGGAAACGAGUUAUUCGGAUUCGAACAAAAUAGGUCAAAACAAUUGCAGAGUUACCUUUCAUCUCCAUGGAUGAUUCCAUUGAAUCAAAGGUGGAACAAUGUCACUUCCAUGGUUCAAUCAUCAAUGCAGAUGUGUAACCCUUUUGGCAUUGAUCCUAAUGCAAUGCUGUGGUGUCACGUGCCGAUGGUCGCGGUUACGAACAUUUUCAGUACUCCAAACAUUGGGCUGCAAAUUGUUCCAAGAUCAUAUGGAAAUGAAAAUGUUUCAAUAGGUUCAAAAGGAUGCAUGUCACAUUUUUCAUCAACUAUACCUAUGUAUAAAAAUUAGCAUUUGCAAUCAUACGAGUGUCGGACACUGAUGUGUGUCGGAUCAUAUAUGUGUCGAACAUCAUGACACACUUAAUUCU